AAAAAAUAAUUAUGUUUUUUAUUAAAGGGAAAUAAAUGUGAGAAUUAAGAGUAAUUAAGUGUUUGGUAGAUACAUACAUUAUUACUCAUCACAAAAAGUGCCAUGUCUUCUCAAAUCUCUCUCACUCUCACAUAAAUUCUUCUUCUUCUUCUUCUUCUUCUUCUUCUUCUUCCUCUUCUUUCUUCUCUUGUACAAAAACUCCAAAGAAUAAUUUGAUGAUCCAAGUUCCAAACAACAUUUUAAGAAAUUAAAAAAAUGGAGGAAGAAGAAGGUAUUAGAGAUAAUAAGAAUAAUAAAAAUAUCACAAAAGAUGGUUCAGUUGAUUGCUAUGGAAAACCAGCUCUAAAAGAGACUAGUGGUACAUGGAGAUGUGGAAUUUUGCUUCUAGUGAAUCAAGGACUGGUCAUAUUGGGAUUUUCAGGUGUUGAAGUGAACUUGGUUGUGUUCUCAAAAUCAGUUUUGAGGUACUCUCAUGCUGAGGCUGCACACACAUUUACCACAUGGAUAGGAACAGUCUAUCUCUUCUCAUUAAUUGGUGCUUUUCUUAGUGACUCUUACUUGGGAAGAUACCUAACUUGUCUCAUCUUUCAAGUCAUUUACAUUAUUGGUUUAAUAGCAUUGUCCUUAUCAACACACAUAUUUCUACUCACUCCUCAAGGUUGUGGAAAGAUUGGUGAGCCAUGUGAGGCUCACAAACCAUUCCAAAUAGCAUUAUUCUACACAUCAAUAUACCUAAUUGCCUUAGGAAAUGGGGCAGCUGAGGCUGCACUUGCUGCAUUUGGAGCUGACCAAUUUGAUGAGGAAGAUCCAAAGGAAAGACACUCCAAAGCUUCAUUCUUUACCUACUUUUACUUGGCUCUAAACCUCGGUGCCCUAGCCGCCGAGACGAUUUUGGUUUACAUCGAGGACAUGGGGCAAUGGGUGUUGGCUUUUCGGAUUUGUACUUUAUCUUCCAUUGUUGCUUAUGGUUUUCUCUUAAGUGGGAAUUUGAAGUAUAGGCGUUUUAAGCCUUGUGGGAAUCCCAUCUCUAGGUUUUCUCAAGUUAUUGUUGCCUCUUUUAGAAAAUUUAAUCUCAAGAUGCCCUUGAAUGGUGAUCAAGAGCUUUAUGAAGUUGAUUUGAAAGAGAGUGAAAGAAAUGGAAUGAGGAGGAUUCUUCAUAGUAAUGGCUUCAAGUUUCUUGACCAGGCUGCAAUCAUUAUGACAGAAGAUAUUAAACUAAUCACAACAACAACCGAAGGCAAAAGCACACAAAAUCCAUGGCAUGUUUGUACUGUCACUCAAGUUGAAGAAGUAAAAUGUGUGUUAAGAUUAUUACCAAUAUGGCUUUGCACAAUCUUCUCCUCUGUAGUUUUUGUUCAAAUGCUUUCGCUUUUCAUUGAACAAGGCGCGGUUAUGAACCGAAGAGUCUUUAGCUUCGAUAUCCCUCCUGCAAGCAUGACUGUAUUUGAUUUCAUCUUCACAUCGCUCUUCAUCAUACUAUACGAGAGACUCGUAUUCCCUUUGCAUGUUAAAGUAACAAAACGUGAGCCAAAGCUUCCGAGUGCCUUAGAGAGGAUAGGAAUAGGGCUCGCUAUUGCCUCACUAGCCAUGUUGGUAGCUGGAUUCGUCGAGCAACAAAGGAGGAAAUUCGCCAUUGGUUCCCUCGAACAGGAGACUAGCUCUUUGAGCAUUUUGUGGCAAAUUCCGCAGUACUUUCUAGUGGGAGCUUCGGACGCGUUUGUCUAUGUGGCUCGGAUGGAAUUUUUUGCUUCACAAGCACCCGACGGGUUAAAGAGCUUGGGAAUAGGGUUAUCGUUGUCUGCUUCGGCCAUGGGGAGCUACGGUGCUAGCGCUAUUUUAAGUAUCGUGAUGAGGAUUACAUCUUCGAGUGAUGGGAAGAAACCCGGUUGGGUUCCUCCUAACCUAAAUGAUGGCCAUUUGGAUUGGUUUUACUUCUUAUCAGCUGCUUUGGCUGCACUCAAUUUCGGAUUAUUUGUUGUUUGUGCUAAGCAUUAUAAGCCUAUAUCUUUUGAGAAAAGAGAUGGUGAAACUGAAAUGAGAGUUUUAGAUUCAACUUAGAUAAUCUUGUAAAGCUACCUUGAUUGCCUUUAGAAAUUGUUGAUUAGUAUUAAAAAGUUCAAAUUAGAGAAAAUGACAUUCUAAAUGAUCAAAA